AUGACAGAGGAGGAGGAGGAGCCUUUGCGUGACGUCACGCCAUCCCUCCCACCCAGCUUCAAUCUACAUUUCCAAUGGGUCCUGACUGAGUGAACGUGUGUGUGUGCUACAGCUAUUGAGCAGUUUACAAAAUCAGAGUCUCGCAGACAGACACACCUCAAGCCUCAAGAAGUGUUCCGGAGACGCACUGAUGUGGCCUGAACCACUUUGUCAUUUUAAAUAUUAAACAGUUCGAGUUGGAGAAGUCGCGUCGGGGUCGACUUUGAGAUCCGUGUGACCCUGGUCUAUCGCUGUCACCGGGAAGGAGUGUCAUGGCGGAGCCCGACUACCUGGAGGGAGACUGUGAUGAGCUCAUCAAACCCAAGAAGUUAAGCAACCCAGUCAAGAGCUCCCGUAACCACCAGGACCUGCACCGAGAGCUGCUCAUGAACCAGAAGAGGGGUCUGGCUCCUCAGAACAAACCCGAGCUCCAGAAGGUUAUGGAGAAGAGAAAGAGGGAGCAAGUUCUCAAGGCUCAGAAGGAGGAGCAGGAGGCCCACAAGAAGAGGAGCGACCUAGAGAUAGAGCUCAUGAAAAGACAACAGAAACUAGAGCAGCUGGAGCUGGAUCAACAGAAAAAUGAGGAGGAACAGGAGAACACCCCUGAGUUUGUUAAGAUGAAGAGCAACCUGCGCAGGACCAAGCAGGAGAGCGAUGGGGAGGAACGGACCACCUAAAAACCAGCAGGGGUGUCUGGGUCUGGCUGAUUGUGUUUCUGAGAGUGUGUUGUCUGUGGUGCACGGUGCUGACCUGACCGUGGUCCGAGAUGAACUUCCUGCCUUCCCCAACCUAGCUGUUCCAUCCCGCAGUGAGGAGAGAGACUUUACAGACUAAAGACCCCCUCUGUCUGCCUGCCACGGACUGCCAGCACUCGCCUCUGCUGCCCACACCCAUCCGGCAGCACACAGCACCCCCUGCAGGAGGGACCUAACACAGACAUGUUACAUGUUAAAUGCCUUUCAACGAGGGCAAGCAAGCUUCCAAUGAGCUCUGAUGAAGAAACAACCAAACACACACACACACACACACACACACACACACACACACACAGGAGUUUUCAUCCCAUUUCUUUUCACUCCUCUCUCCUCAGCAAGCUGUCGUUUCUCUUUACUGUUAUCAAUGUUGUUGUUGUUGUUGUUUUUUUUGUUCUCAUCUUCAGAAUCAAAUAAGGAAAAGUGGACACUGGAUGGACUCUUGAAGCUGUGUAAUGUAAAAGCCAAACAAAUGUGCUUUUGUUAUUUAUGUUUGUAGCUUUUAGCCCAGGUAUAGGGAAGGACACUUUUUAGUUGUUCUGCAUUUUAGCUUGUUUUACAGCAUAGUUUAUGAAGACAGAACAGGACAAAGGGAGUGUAUGGUUGUAUGAAACACUCAUGUUUGCUUUAUUAUUAUUAUUUUUUUAAUUCUAAACAUGCCAUUUCCUCAGCUAAUGCAAUUUGGAGCAAUAGUAGAACUCCCAGGCAUGAGAGUGACCUUUUCUUUAUAUAUUCUGUUGUUUUGUAUAAAUAAAAGUGUUACUACUAAUUUAA